UAAUGGUGGCAAUAAAGUAUUAUGAUGAUGAAUACUAUAAGAAUGAAUAUUAUGCAAAAGUGGGAGGGCUAUCAUUAAAGGAAAUAAAUAAACUAGAGAUGGAAUUUUUGGAUAUGUUGAAUUACGAAUUAUUUAUAUAAAAUGAAGUAUUUGAAGUUUAUGAAGAGAGAUUAAAAUAAUAUGAAAUCAUAGAGAUCUGA